AGUCUUAUAAACUUCGGGGAGGGUUGGAUCUGUCUAAAGGGCACGAAAGGGCGCGUGUUGGCCUUGCCCAAUGGUCAUUCCCGGGUCAGUGCCGUGAACCCGGACCUUUAGGCCUUUAUCUCAUGAGAGGUGGAUGAAAAAGGGGAUAUGUAAAGACAUUCAAUUGCAGAGAGGGUUAAGGCUUAUAAACUUGUGGAAGUGGUUGACUCCACAUCAAAGGGCGCGUAUAGGCUUUACAAGUUACACAACACUCUUUCCUGUGUUGGUGUUGGUCCCCUGGGGCUUCAGACCUUUCUGCUUUGAUGGGUAGACAUAAAGACGUAAAGACAUUCGAGUUCUUUAAGUGAGACAGUCCUACGAGCAGCCUCCAAUUGCCUCUUACACGACCAUUAUUGUCAUUAAAUUGGUAGUAAUGGGUGCCGGAAGUGAAUGGAAAGCAAUUAAGGGAAAUACGCCGGAAAUUUAAAGGAUCCAUCCCCGUCCAAACCUGAAUUAAAUUUUUCACGGACGAGCUCGGCGCGAGGAUCAAGGUUUACGGCGGUGUUACGACGCUCGCUACGAGGCCCUCGAGCCGAUCAGCCAGCCAAGCGUUUAUUGCUCGUCGCUUGUCCCUUGGUGGCGGCGGCGGCGGUGGCGACGGCCAUGACCGACCUGAAGGACGCCGCCAGCAUGAUUAGAGCGUCAAAAAGAAAUGUGCCAUAAAUAAUUGGGACAUGAUAUCACGUGUUCUCCUUGAUGGCUUCAGGAGGCAGUAUCAGUUUUAGUAAUAUGCAUUUUCUUCAGUCCUAUUUUUUUUUCAUUCCUCUUUUCCUCCCCUGGUUUUACACACUAGCUCUCAACAUUUUCCAACUUUUUUCACGCUUGUUUUUCCCUGUCUAUUUUAAGCCGCUUUCCAUGAUCCUGCAUCUUAUCUUGGCCUUUUUGCCGUUCAGGGGAGGCUGGAGGCGUCGCGGGGCUGCUGGUGCGAGCUGGUGAAGUGAGGAAGUUGGUGGCCAGCUCUUAGUAACAGCUCGGCCGGCGUGUGGUACGGUGCCUCGCUCCAGCCCUCGCCACCUGCCGGGCCCUCGCCGCCACCUGUCGACCCGCCAACACUUUGCACUUGAGAGUGUGUGGAGCUGUGUGCGGAGGAGAUAGAUCACGGCUUCGUCCCUGGCCCUCCCCUCCCUGCUCCGCCCCGUCCCUCGCUCCGGCUGCCCCUGUGGUGUGUGCAAGGGUCUGCCUGUACGAGUCUCCACUAUUCACCACGCCAUGCUGCGCCACGCCACCUGAGAGCGAUUCUCAUGUAUCCCUCACCAUAGAAUCACCACCACCAUCUCUUAUCAUCACUAUCAUCAUAUCAACAUCUCCACUGUCUUCACCUGUACCGUCUCUGCCAUCUGGAUUCACCAUCUCCACUGUCAACCAUCUCUGUCAAUAUUUCAAUCAUCUACAUUUCUACACUGUCACCAUUUCAAGUAUAUCUUCACUGUCUCCACCUGUGCUCUCUCUACCAUCUCCACCUUUUCCACUGUCACCAUUCCCCUUUCUCAUCCUUUUCCAUCUGACACGCUCCUUUGCAUACUUUCAGCUUCCUCCUCUUCUUUAUUUUCCUCUUUCUCCUCCUAUUGCUCCUCCUCUUCACUUUCCCUGUACCACCACCAUCAUUACCAUUUCCACAGUCACCAUCUGUACCACCACCAUCACCACCACCUCCAAAGCACCUCUAGAGCUAUAUUGAAUCAUCUUCAUAUCACCUAUACGUCUGUCUCUUGUAGGACUUUAUUUUUAUAUAUCUUUCACUUUCACUUUGAUUUUUUUUUACUCGCGGAAAAGAGUACCACCACCACCUAUCAUCACUUCCACCACCUCCACCACCAUCACCUCCGCCUCCAUCACCACAACCACCCCGGCCCAUCAGUGAGGGUGACAGCGAUGGGGGGAGCGGGGGGUUGUCACGGCGCCUCCAUCGGCUUUGACUCCCUCGGCGCCUUCACCGUCAGGAUGCUCGUCGGGGCCCUCGUCACCUUCGUCCUCGUCAUCGUCGUCUGCCUCGUCGCGUUCUGGCAGGCAGGGUGUCCCAAGGGCGGCUUCCAGUGCAGGGACGGCCAAUGUCUCGCGAGGAGCCGCAGAUGUGACAACGAGAACAACUGCUCUGAGCGCGAGGACGAGGAGGACUGCAUGUUGCCAGACGGUGUUGACGUGAAGAGUUUCUCCUUCCCCUCCACCAGCAACGCUCCCUGCCACAUGUGUGUGUGCCCGUCGCCCCAUCGCCCUGACGAGUGUCUUCUCCCUUCCCCUCCUCAUCCGAGUCUCGCCCAGUGCCGCCUCACGCCCCGCACACCCACCGGAGACGAGGCGGGGGUCAGGUCACCUCGCAACGCCUUCCAACGGCUCCACCAGACUUCUACCGCAGGGGAAGCACGCGAGAAGGUGGAGCGAAGACGUGGAGGCGUGGAAGUACAUGUUAGACGAAGAACACUGGAGGAACGGUGGCUGGUGAGAAGGAAAGUGCCCGACACGAAUGGAUAUCGAGUGAUGGAGAACGAAACAGUGUGGGAAACUAGGGAAAAAAAAUCGCAUAAUAAAAUGAGAAGAAAUAUUGAUACGAAUGUUUAUCAAGCGAUGGGAAACGAAACGGGGUGGAAACUAGUGAAAAGAUUUGUAUCGGAUAAAAAGUGCAAGGAAAAUAUCAGUGAGCGUAAAGGUGAAGCCAGAGAGGAAAGAGUUGAGAGGAGUAAAAAUACCUUGAUUAACGUGCAGGAUGGUCGUCGUCUCGCUCACGCCUUCAUUAAAACGCCCGAAACAGUCCAGGGAAGUUCGUUAUACCAGGAAUGUGCCCCGCGAUGCCCUCCACCACCACCACCACCACCGCGCGGGGAGGAGCAGGCCAGAGAACGUAACUGCCAGCAUACUAGGGGAGGAAACGGUGAGAGAACAAUCUACCCAGCAGUAUUCCUGAAUCCCUUUCACAAAACAAAGCCCUUGACCCCUCGGCAUGUGGAUGAACGUCACUUUAGAUCCAGAGGCAUGGCGGACAAUCUGCGUGGUGUCUCAUUUGGGGUACGUGGGAAGAAGGACAUCCACGGGACAAGAACCAACAAGCACCUCAAAGAAAAGGCGCAAUAUGAGUUCCUCCACACUGGAAACAGAGUGGCAUACACCUUCGUCACUGCCACCUCUCGGCCUCGCGGGAGAAGAAAGCGUCAAAGGGGGACAGAGGGCACAGUGAGGGGUCUCGACCAUGGUCUCGACGCGACACCUACUGACCUGAAGCCUCCGGAACAACACACUUCAGGGGACAUGGACUUUGACAACACAGCGACCACGGCAAACUUACCUGGCAACAUAACCUUAGAUUCUGCCGAUGAGGAUGAGGAGGAGGAUAGGAGGUUAAACGAGCAACAGGUGACCGAGGAAGGAGAGGGGCCAGAAUCACGCAGUCCAGAGGUUGUCGCGGACCGGCCUGACGCUGAGGUGCAGGACUCGUGCCACUGCGAGCUCAGUAAUUACCUCACCUGUGUCGGGACGUACCUGAGGAUCAUCUCGGACAGGAUCGUGGGGGAGAUAAAGCACCUCACGCUGAGGAAUGACGACGCCCCUAUACUGGAGGACAAGGCGUUGAUGAGACACGACACCCUCGAGACACUAUCGCUUACUUCCGGGGGUCUCAUCACGCUGCCUCUUCGCUUCUUCGUUAACCAUAGAUUCCUUGAACACCUGUACCUGACGGGGAACAGGAUCGAGGUGGUGGAGGAGGAGAGCUGCAUCGGGCUGGAGGUUCUCAAGGUGCUUUUCAUCAACAGGAACGAACUCACCUACAUUGACCUAGACUGCUUCAGGCACACACCCGCCCUCCAGGACCUAAACAUGGGCCACAACAAACUCACCUUGGACGGCCAGAGCUUCCCGCACCUACCCCAUCUGACCAGCCUGUACCUCAACAAUAACCUGCUCACCAACAUCAACGGGACCCUCCUCGCCAGUCUCCCUUUCAUUAGAACCUUGGACCUGCGAGACAACCUGAUCACGACCGUCCAUCCCAAAGCCUUCAGUCUCCUCACACACCUCAGAUUCCUAAUGAUGUCAGGGAACCGGGUGACAUCGGUGGCUGGACUCUUCCGUGGCCUCAACAGUCUCGCCAUGCUGAAGCUGGAGAAACUUGACCUGCACGACAUCAACACCAAGAACUUCCGCAUCCUGCCCAGCCUCAAGUUCGUGUAUUUCGACACGUUCAGGUAUUGCCGCUACGUGCCCACCGUUGCCAUCUGCCUACCCAAUUUCGACGGAGUCACCAGCACCGAGGACCUGUUGAGCUGGCGGACGCUACGGGUGGCGGUGUGGUUGAUGGCCCUGCUCACGAUCAUCGCCAACGGGCUGGUCAUCUUCUGCCGCGCCAUCUCCCGGAAGGACAACAAGAUACUGAAGCUCUUCAUCAAAAACCUGGCGGUCGCGGACCUCCUGAUGGGGGUGUACCUGGUGAUGAUCGGGGUUCAGGACGCCGCCACCAGGGGAAGGUUCAACUUUCACGCCCUCCAGUGGGCUGACUCCUACAUGUGUGUCUUCGCCGGGGCCCUGGCGAUGGUGUCCUCUGAGACCUCGGUGUUCAUCAUCUCCUUCAUGUCCCUGGAGCGUUACCUCUAUAUCAGCGAGGCCUUCCACGACCGCACGCUGUCCCUACGAGGCGCCCGGCUCUGCCUCGCCGCCAUCUGGCUCACCUCCGUCAGUCUGGCCUUCUUCCCGAUUUUGUGGAUCCGAAGCUUCUACGGCAACAACUCGGUGUGCUUCCCGCUGUACAUCAACGAGCCGUACCUGGCGGGCUGGCAGUACUCCGCCUUCAUCUUCCUCGGCCUCAACUUCGUCAGCAUGUUGGUUAUCCUGGCCUCGUACGUUGGUCUCUUCCUCAACAUCCGGGGAACGAGACUGUCCACGUCUCGCACCAGCGACGAGAUGAACUUCGCUUUCCGCUUCUUCUUCAUCGUCGUCACCAACUGCCUCUGCUGGCUGCCCAUCAUGUGUGUCAAGGUCGCCGCUCUUGCCCACGUCGAAGUCCAUCAAGGGGUGUACGCAUGGCUGGUGGUCCUCGUGCUCCCCAUCAACUCCGCCGUCAACCCCGCCCUCUACACUUUCUCCACGUCACAGUUCCAGCUUCAGAUGACCAGCGCCGUCACCAUCUUCAGGAGACUCCAGCAACGCCACAACUCAGACACAGAGGCGCUUCGUCACUCCUCAACGCGGACGGGCGGGAGCCACCACCACCCGCACCACCUACACAACCCCCCUCACGCCCACGCCCACUCGCCACUCGAGCCUCAUCCCGUCCCCAACAACCUAGUGCUCAUGGAGGUGCGAGACAUUCACCUCAAGAACCUGCCGUCGCCUGAGUCGGUCGCCACUCUGUCCCCGCGUGACCUGAGGAACGGCCUGCUGAUGAACAUUCCGGAGGCGCCCCCGCUGCCUGAGGAGUCCCCGCCCCCUGACGAAGGCGGUGGUGACGAAACGAGUGAUGUUCGCUGAUAUGUAGAGCCCACAAGGUGACGUUCAUUGUCUCCGUCAUUUUGGUUCUCCUACCAUCACAGCUUUCUACGAAGCGAUGGAAAGGCCGUGCCCAGGCUUCGUAUAAAUGUAAAAACAAGUCAUUUUUGUCUUGAGGAACUUUUGGAUUCUGGAAACUCCAAAGUUCUGACCACAAUAAAUACACACACACACACAUAUCUCGCCCUUUACGAAGGUAAGGGAAUACAGGCAAGGCUAAAACUUCGUGCGGACGUCGAGGCGGUGAAUUUUUGUCCUGAGGAACUUGUGGACUUUCAAAGCCUUCCCUGGUUAUUGACCAUGAAGAAGAUACACAUUCUUCACGUUAUUCAAGAAGCCAGAGGAAGGCAACACUAUUAUAGAAGUUCGUGUAUAAGUCGAAGUCAUUAUUGUCCGGUUGAACUUCUGAACUCAAAAGCCUCUCGAUAGUACGCGACUGCAGAUGAAACAUGUUCUCCAUUUCCCACCGAACUUAUGGAUCCAAAGGCCUUCCGACAGCAUGUGCCUGGGAAAAAACGUCCUUUCCUCCACACCGGCGCCGUCCUCCACUCUGGAUCUCACACCCUCCGCUGCUAUCCCUCGCCUUACACUUUUUAUACGGCACACCAGCAUCGGGUUACAAUGCUCCAACCAUUCCAACACUUGCAGUCGAGCAUCCGAGUCACCCCCAUCUCUCGCCGUCACCCUCGCCGCCACCCUCGCCGUCGCCCUCGCCGUCACCCUCGCCUCCAGCCUCGUUUUCGCCACCACAGACUCAUGCAUCAAAUAUAUUUGACAGAAUCGAUUUCUCUCAGAGAGGAAGUGAGUCCACCUCGCCUUUGUCUGAUAGGGCCCAGUGUCCCCUUGCUUCACGUUCUCCUUCUCUCUCCUUCUCCUCCCCUUCC